AAAAGAACUCACAAAUCACGGCUGGCGGCCGGUUAAAUAUAUACGCCUACUUUAUUACUGGGAUAUAAAUUAACUAUCGGGAAUCGGGAAUAGACUAAGCAGGAAGAUUGCGUGUUCUUUGUCGACGUGGCUGUUUCCAACUAGGCAAUUUAAUAAAUCAGUUGAUUCGUUUAAACUUUUAAAGCUGAGUAGGUCACCGCAAGAAUGUAAGUUGUUUUAUCGUGUUGCCUUUUAUCUAGAACUUGUGUUAGCUUAGUUCGAUUAUAUUUGUAGUGAAACUUCACUUCUUGCUUAUCACAUAUUAAGAAAAAUGUUGACUUCAUUAUACAUAGCAUUGGCCAUCACGGCGGUGUUUGGAGGAGUUCCAAAUCCUGAAGAAACUAAAAGGAUGAUGGAUCAUCUCUCCGAUGCAGAGCACUAUAGAAAUGAACAUCAUAACAAACAGUUUGACCAUGAUGCAUUCCUCGGAGAAGACCAAGCCAAAACCUUUGAUCAGUUACCACCAGAAGAAAGUAAAAGGAGGCUUGGAAUAAUUGUUGAUAAGAUUGACGCCGACCAUGAUGGAUUUGUGACUCUUGUUGAGUUAAAAGACUGGAUUCGUUACACUCAGAAACGAUACAUUGAUGAGGAUGUUGAAAGACAUUGGAAGCAGCACAACCCAGAAAAUUCAGAAACUGUUAGCUGGGAGGCAUACAGAAAGACUGUUUAUGGCUUUAUGGAUGACAUGAGCCCCAGUGAGCUCAGCUCAAAUUCUGAAGGAUUUGCCUACAGAAACCUCAUGAAGAGAGACCGCAGGCGGUGGCACUAUGCUGAUGGAAACCAAGACGAUGCAUUGAACAGGACUGAAUUUGCAUCAUUCUUGCAUCCUGAAGAUCACUCUGGUAUGAGGGAUGUAGUUGUUCUUGAGACAUUGGAAGAUAUUGAUAAGAACAAUGAUGGCAAGGUGUCCCUUGAAGAGUACAUCGGAGACAUGUACAAGCCUGAGGACGGAGAGAGUGUUGAUGAUGAACCAGAUUGGGUGAAACAGGAGAGGGAACAGUUCACUGGUUACAGAGACACAAACAAAGAUGGCUACAUGGAUGAAACAGAAGUGAAGGACUGGAUAGCUCCACCUGAAUUUGACCACGCUGAGGCUGAAGCACGCCAUCUCGUCUUCGAAGCUGACGGUGACGCCGAUGAGAAACUGACGAAAGAGGAAGUCCUUGAUAAAUACGACCUCUUUGUUGGAUCUCAGGCCACAGACUUCGGCGAGGCACUUGCCAGACAUGACGAGUUUUAGUUAAGCGCCAUCUGUUGGGAAAAAAUUUAAACAUGUUGUCAUAAAUAGCUUUAUUAAUUUCACUUUUCUAAUAUGUUCUACGGAGCGUAUCGAACUAAUUAUUAGUUACAUGUUUUACAACAAUUAACAUUUAGGCUUAUUUUAUACAUAAGGCUUAUUUUAGCGCCAUCUGUGUCAAAACAGUGGCAUCUUUAAACCUUAUUAAUUGCUUAGAAUAAUUUUGCAGCUUUUAUUCAGUGAAACCUUGCAUUUAAUAAAAUGCUUACAAUGUG